GGAAACCAUCAGGCGUUGGGGAGGGGGGGUGGAUAGCGGCAGCAGCAGCCCCAGCCCUCAGAGACAGCAGGAAGGGAGGGAGGUGGGGAGGCAAGCCCCCACCAUUCCUACCGCUAUGGGCCUAGACUUCCACUCUCCCCUCCCCUCCAUCGGCCGGGGCUAGGAUACCCCCAAAUCCUAUCGUCCCCUUGGCACCGACACCCUGACCGAGGCAGAGACACAGCCACCCAUCACCACCGCUGCCGAAGCCUGGCUGGGGAGGGGGCCACCUUCUUAGGCCCCCCUCCCCACUGAGGCGGCAGUGUGACUGAGUGGCUAGGGGCACAGGCUGCUUAGGUGGAAACUAGGAGGUGCCUCUGAGGAGCCAUUUCCCCUCAGAUAUCUGGAGCCUCAGGGACAGGUGUGGGAGACCAGUCCGGAGCUCCCCACUGCCUCCAUCCUAGACAGGCUUCUUGGGUGACCAGAAUGGAGCUGUGGCCAGGGGCGUGGACAGUGCUGCUGCUGCUUUGCCUGUUGCUACUCUUCCUGCUGCCCACCCUGUGGUUCUGUAGCCCCAGUGCCAAGUACUUCUUCAAGAUGGCCUUCUACAAUGGCUGGAUCCUCUUCCUGGCUGUGCUCGCCAUCCCUGUGUGUGCUGUACGAGGACGCAAUGUCGAGAACAUGAAGAUCUUGCGUCUGAUGCUGCUCCACAUCAAAUACCUGUAUGGGAUCCGAGUGGAAGUGCGAGGGGCUCACCACUUCCCUCCCUCACAGCCCUACGUUGUUGUCUCCAACCACCAGAGUUCCCUCGACCUGCUUGGAAUGAUGGAGGUACUUCCCGGCCGAUGUGUACCUAUUGCCAAGCGGGAGCUACUGUGGGCCGGCUCUGCUGGGCUGGCCUGCUGGCUGGCUGGAGUCAUCUUCAUCGACCGGAAGCGCACUGGGGAUGCCAUCAGUGUCAUGUCUGAGGUCGCCCAAACCCUGCUCACCCAGGACGUGCGGGUCUGGGUUUUUCCUGAGGGCACAAGAAACCACAAUGGCUCCAUGCUACCUUUCAAACGUGGUGCCUUCCACCUUGCAGUGCAGGCCCAGGUUCCCAUUGUCCCCAUCGUCAUGUCCUCCUAUCAAGACUUCUACUGCAAAAAGGAGCGUCGCUUCACUUCAGGGCGAUGUCAGGUCCGAGUGCUGCCCCCAGUGCCCACAGAAGGGCUGACACCGGAUGAUGUCCCAGCUCUGGCUGACAGAGUCCGGCACUCCAUGCUCACUGUUUUCCGGGAAAUCUCCACUGAUGGCAGGGGUGGUGGUGACUAUCUGAAGAAGCCUGGAGGGGUGGGCGAGGCCCACCUCUGAGCUCCCCUCCCAUCAACCCCACUUUCCUCCACACCUCCCAGCCCAGUGGGUUCUGAAGCAGGGCCAGACCAGACCCUCUUCAUUUCCCCUCUCCCUACUCCAUGUUCUCUUUGGAAGCUUCAGCUCCUGAAGUGAGUAUCUCUGCCCACCCCAGCUCUCCAUGGACUCUCUUGCCAUGGUGCAGUCUCUACACUGACCCCUACCCACCUCCUGUGCCAUCGUGUCUAUGAGACAGUUGCCUCCCCUUCAUCUCUUCAGUGGCUCAGCCUACCCGUGGAUGGGAGCACUCCAUGCUGUCCCCAUUGGACCGUCUUCCCUUGUCUUCUCUCCCUUUCCACCCCAAUUGACCAGUGGACUGGUCCAUUCUGUGGGACAAUUUUCCACCCCCACGUCCAUGGAUUCAGUGGAUGCAACUGUUUGUGAGGAGGACUCCUCACGCUGUGCCUGGAAGCCGGUGCCUGGAACACUCGUCCCAGACUCCUCCUGGGAAUACUCCUCAGCACCUUCCCCUCCCUCCCUGCGGAGCCUCCUUGCAGUGGAGGCUUGACUUUCCUCACUCAGAGGUCUCAUCCCUGCCGGGCCCGGGUGCCCAGGAGUGAGCAACCUUCUGGAAGCCAGUUUGGUCUUCACAUUUCUGCCUCCCCUGUCCCCAUGGUACAUCUCUUCUGUGGCCCUGGCCCCACCGGUCCUCCUGCAGCCCUGCUAUACCAUUCUAACCAGACAGGGGGCAAAGGGCAGGCAGCAAGUACUACACUCGCUGCUCCCUGGAGGGCUGGGGGGGGAAGCACUGAACCCUGGCUGGAGGGAUGGCUUUUAAUUUAUUUCUUUCUUUUGAGGUUUCCCCCUCUGAGCCAGUUUUCAUUUCCUGCCUGUGGCAUUAGCCGCUCCCUGCCUCCUAUCCCAGACCUGUGCCCACAACAGGGAGGGGCUGGAAGCAAAAGGAAAAGGUGGGACUUAGUUUUAUGUAAUUGGUUUUUAUUAAUUAUCUGGAUAACAGCAAGGAACCAGAAUAAAGAUUGAGAGAUCUGGA